UCUUUAGGAUGAGACCUUUUGAUAUGCUCAUUCUUUUUGAACAACUUGAUAUGUUCAUUCAGUUAAAGUUUUAUUUGUGAGAAUGGUAUUAACGCCGGCUGGUCUCGGGAAGAUUGUUUGGACCGAAGGCUAGACACCUCCUAGUUAACAAAAUAUAAAUUAUUUGUGGGCCGCGUGUUCUCCACAGAUGAGAGAAAUGAAGCAGAGGAUGAGCAUUGGCAUGAACUGGCUCGUCCUCAAGUUCAUGGUCAUGACAUUGAUUGUGUGGCUAUGGUUCAAGGUAAAGGCAACCACUGUUUAUCUUUGUUGAAGACACUGAACCAUUACUUGUGCCUGAGGAGAAGGUAGCCUCCCAGAGGAUUUACAAGCAGAUGUGCAGGUCCUUGGUGCGAAUAUGUCUGCUAUGGGUUUAUCACAUAAACCUAUCUAUCUAUAUUGUGAGUGGUUGACUCAACAUCGUGUCUAACUUCUUCAGGCUCAAUUUGCAUCCAUGGCGGAAAUAUGGCGAUGGGAGGUUGGGACAUGGAAAGCAGUUGGUCGUUUGCAGUCUCACAGCUUGGACAGUGACACCCUUGGAGUUCUCUUAUGAUUGACAUUCUGCGCUUGUGUGUCUCCGGAGAUAGUCAAGUCACUUCUCAGUUUUCUCUAUCCAAAGAACAGCGGUUUAGUCUUGAAUAUUGUCCUCUAAGUCUGUGUCUGUCUUUGUCUUCCUUGAUCAACUCUGAUAAGACAAUGGCGAGGUUAGUCACAAACUCAUGGCAAAAGGCUGAAGCACAAAAGAGCAUCAUUUGGGCUUGUUCAUGGAGACCGUUUGGCCACCAGUUUGAACCUUCAUCAAGAGAUAAGACUCUGAAGAUCUGGCCCUUCGAGAAAGAUGCUCGGGUCAAACAGGUUCUUUCUUUGCCUCAGUUUGGGAGCAGUGUCACAGCCGUAGCUUGGACAAGACUAGACCACAAGGAGAAGAGCAGGGUGCAUAGCAUUUGGGAUGGAGGGUGGACUUAGAGUUGUGGAAAAUAAAGAUCAAAGAAACAGAGGAAGCUAAAACAGUAGCACCAUGUCUUGCUCUGAGGCUCGAACUGUACAUGUAUCAUGUCUAUCCCGUGAACCGGUUAAACAUGGAGACCAACCGAGACCAACCAGAACUCUCUUUCCCUACAGGCUAUAGCCACUGUACUGGUUAUGUAAAAUUUUGGUGCCUAAGUUGAAACAUGUCAUCAAAUCAAAACGUUUUCAUUGCAUCAAGUUGUCUGGUUGAUAAAAAGAGAGAGAGAAAAAAAAAAGCGUUC